UACUAAUUGCACACUUGAAUAGAAUGACUUAGACAAACAUAUUAUCGUAAGCAUAAAAGUAUAUGUAUAUGAUUUUAUUCAAUGUUUUCGUUCAAUAACUUCAUCUAAUGUAGAAACACGUUUGGCGAAAACUUGUUGUUGAAGAGUGGCAACGAUCCUUGGCUUCGACUGAUACGAAGAAACAAUAUUUAAGACUCUUGUUUGGUUAGUAUUUGCCACGUUGCGGUGAAGGACAUAUCUUGUUCAAAUAUAGGUAUCACACUUUUUCAAGAAAGAUGAGAAUUCUUGUUCUAGGAAGAGUUGUGUUCAGUUAUUUACUGCUGGAAAUUUCAAUGGGCGAGAAAAUGGUCUUAAAGGAUGCAACAUUUGAAUUUUGGAUGAAAAAGUCUUUAAUAUUCGAUGGACUCGGUCAACUUUUUCUCAAAGAGAAUGGAAAAGCUAAAACGUGUGCAGAUGGAAGAAAAACAGAAACGUGGUUGUUGACAAAAACAUUGAAAAUUGAUCAAACAUUAGAUGAUGUUAAAAUGUUCAUCGAAAUUGACUCAAAAAUGGCGAAUUGCGAUAACGAAGAUGGAAUUUGUUUCCGAGACGGUUUUGAAAUAUUUACCUACAAUGGAAAUGGUGAGCCAGUGAUCCCUUUUCCUUCUAAUAGAUACUCAGAGAAGAAAAAAAAUAGCAUUUAUUUCAAUAACAAUUUCGACUUUUUGGGCAACAUCACUGGCAACGAAACAUCAAAAGAACGGUUCAUCAAAAUGUUUACAAUACAUGUGAAAAAAUUUCACGACAUAACAUUUGGCAUUAAGUCUACGGGAGCUUGUGGCACUUUGUUUCGUAUGAAGAUUUUCUACUACGUUUGCCAGCAGAAAUAUCAAAACAGUAUUCUGCUAACGAGAACGUUAUCACCUCCAAAUGGGACAAAGGUCAUUUAUGGUAAUUGUUCAACUAAUUCAGAGAAAUUGACAAAAACGAGCGAUCUUAGAGCUUACUGUCACAGCAAUGGAACAUGGUUUCUAGAAAAAAAUGCAUCUUGUUUGUGUCGUAAAGGAUAUGAGCCAACAAAGGAAGGCUGCCAAGCUUGCAAGAUUGAUCAUUACAAAGAAAAUGUUUCCAACAACAAGUGUAAAAAAUGCCCUCUGUACACGUCAAGUGGAGAGCAAAAAACAACAUGUUCGUGUAAAGAGGGAUACUAUCAACUUAAGCAAGAUGAAACAAACAAAAAAAUAUCAAGAUGUUAUGCUCCAGUAGAGAUUACAUCUCAACCAAAGAUCAUGGCAGUAAAUGGUGAAUUAAACAUGGUGAACGUUAGUUGGAUCGCUCCCGUUAACGUAAGCUUCAUUGGUGAAAAUCUUGUUUAUGACGUCGAAUGCUACGUUUGCAACAAAACCUGUCACUGUCCAAAACUGAAGUACGAUCCAGGACAGAAAAAUAUCAAAAACACAUUCGUUAUUGUGUCUGGAUUAGUGACUGGAAACAUUUAUCAAUUCAAGAUCUCUCCUAGAGAUAUCCUAAGCUCGGUCAUUCCAAAACAAUUCAAUAAAUUCAUCCUAAGUGAAAUUUACGUCUGGGUUACGUCAUCAAAACGUAAUACUUUAUCUAUAGCACCCAGUACGAGAACCACCGCAGCAGACCCGAAAGCCAACGCAGCAGACCGAAGAUGGCGUCUAUUUGGUAUAAUUGCUGGUAUUGCAGUUGGUGCAGUUCUUUUUACUUUUCUUGCUGUCAUCUUUGUGUUGUGCAAAAAACUUCGAAAGAAAGAUUUUGGUAUGCACAUGGCGCCUGUUAAAUACAAGAAAAGGACGAAGGAAGAGAAACAUUUAACCGUCAACAUUGUCGAAGAGUACGAAAUACCCAUUCCUAAAGUUCUUAACAAAACUCAAAACACGGCAAUGAAAAUCGAAGAUGACACGACUUAUCAAGAACUAGAAACAACACAAAUGAAUCAAGAGGAUAAUUACACGCCACUACAUGCAAACGUGCACGACGCAGCCUAUGAAGAGCUAGAUACAAAGCAAAUGAAAAAAGAAAGUGAUGGUUACCAAUCACUGGGAAUGAAAGGAAAGAGCAACAAGGAAUUAGUGUACGUAAUGACGUAUUAAAUAAACCACUUCGAAAGUCUGAGUACAAAUAAAACACGUAAAAAUACAUCGCCUUUAUGGUGUAGUUAAAAACAAAGACAAAUUAAAAACACUAUAACUACAAAGAAAACAGCCAGCUCGAGUUAGAUAAAACAUGAUUUAUACAUAACUUUUGUUGUGUAGAAGAGUUGAAUUUUGUUGAAUUGCCGUAGAGUGAUUUCCGUUGAAAUCAUCAUCGACUUUGUAAAAACUUGCAAUUGUAUUGCUAUCAUUUCUCGUAUCAGAGGUUUCAAUUUCUAUAAUUAUGAGUUCGGAACGCAAGCUGGGGCCCCUCAAAACAGUUUCAAUGAAAAUACUGGUACCCAGACUUCCUGCUGUUUUCGAAAUGGUUUAAUUUAACAAAGUAAAACAUACAUGUGUAAUAAUGGGCCUUCAUAGUUAUUAAUCUUCCUCCGUUUUUGACCCAAUAAAAAGUUUCAAGAAAAGUUUUAAAAUCUAAA